AUGUCUGGUUUCUGGUUUGGAAACCUGAUCUGCGGAUUCUCUAACACAAGAGGCCUGUUGCUGGCGUCCCGCCUAUUGGCUGGGUUCGGCGCCAGCGCCAUUUAUGCACUUGGAGGCGACGUGCUGGGAGAUCUUUGGCGACCUGAACAGCGCGGUCGAUCGCUUGGACUAUAUAGUUUGAUUCCUCUGCUCGGUGCUGCCGUGGGCCCAAUUGCUGGUGGACUCAUCGUGGGCGCAACUACAUGGCGAUGGAUCUUUUGGUCAACAUCUAUACUUCAAGGGACCAUGGUCAUAGGAUCUUUUAUCAUCAAGGAAACCUACGCGGCUGUAAUUCUGGAAAAGCGCGCGUUUCAAUUGAGAAGAGCAACUGGCAACGACCAGUAUCAUUGCGAAUCAGAAAUGCAGUCUGCCGGCACUCCCACGUCAGGGAAGCUUAGAAGAAGUCUCACCCGGCCUAUGCGACUUCUCAUGUUUCACCCCAUCAUUCAAAUCCAGGCUUGCCUGGCGGGCCUGAACUAUGGAGUCUCGUAUAUUGUACUGACAACAUAUGCUGACCUGUGGACAUCAAAGUAUGGCGAGUCUGUGACAAUUAGCGGUCUGCACUAUAUCUCAAUGUCUCUAGGUGAGGUUUUAGCCGCGCUAAUUGGCGGUCCUACCAUGGACUUCAUUUACCGUCGCCUAUCACAACGAAGUACUUCUGAAGAAGGUCGACCAGAAUACCAUAUUCUGCUCAUGCUGCCUGGGUCCGUACUCUUGGUAAGUGGCCUGUUCAUGUAUGGGUGGGCUGCUGAGUCGCACGCGUUCUGGCUCGUCGUCGAUAUAGGAGCUGCCAUUCUCUCUGGCGGCGGUACGAUGGCUGGCCAAUCUUUUCAAGCCUAUGUUAUCGACACAUACUCCGAGCAUACUGGCUCGGCGCCUGCAGCAACUCGAUUUUUGCGGAGUUUGGGAGCCUUUGGACUACCGCUUUUUGCACCGGCCAUGUACUCAUCUCUAGGUUAUGGCUGGGCAAACAGCAUGUUGGCUCUUGUCCUUGCGGCAUUUUUCUUUCCAGCGGCCCUACUCAUAUGGAUCCAGGGAAGAAGAAUGCGCGAAAAGAUGAAAGCGAGUUAUUGA